GAUAAAGCUAUGAUAUUAUAUCAUUGUGGAGACUAUUAACAAUAAAUUACUACAAAAUCAAAACACAAACUUUUAAGCUUUUGAAAUUGUCUUCAUUCAUCAAUCAUCAUACAUUUCUGAAUUUCCACCUACUUAUACAUAAGUAGGGAAAAAUCCAGAAAGAAAACCCUUAAUCUUAUUUACAAGACUCCAUAACAACAUGUUUAGUACUAAUCAUUUUCUAAUACUAAUUAUGGUUCUUUCAUUAGUCUUAAUCACUCAAAGCCAAGAAAACAGAGAAAAACAACAGAACAUGGCAGACUUACCACAAGGUGUGACUCCAAGUAAAGGUGUUGUAAUAAUUGUUCUUUCCAUAAUGUUUCUCAUAACAUUUAUCUUACUUGUUUAUGUUAAAUUCUGUCGUGUUACGCCUCUUCAUCUUCUAAAUCAUCACCCUCUUCAUCUUCAAGACAAUCAUGCACAAUCUCAAUCAAGGUCUAUAGUUUCUGGUGUUGAAAAAAAUGUAAUUGAAACACUUCCUUUCUUUAAAUUUUCUUCUUUAAAGGGUUCUAAACAAGGACUAGAAUGUACCGUUUGUUUGUCGAAAUUCGAAGAUGAAGAGAUUCUUAGAUUGUUGCCGAAAUGCAAACACGCGUUUCAUAUGAAUUGUAUUGAUAAGUGGCUUGAAAGUCACUCUACUUGUCCUCUUUGUAGGUAUAUGGUUGAAGAAAAUGAUAUAAAAAACUUCACUUUUUCAUUCAGCUCAAGAUUCUUAAGAGUCCCUUCAAAUUUAGGUGAAGACCCUAAUCUUGAAAUCUUUAUUCAACGAGAACCGUCACAAAGAAGAACAAACAAAGAAGAACAAGAACUGGUUUUUCUUGAUCAUGAAGAAGGUGGUAGCAGUAAUAAGGUUACAAAGUGGACACAACAUCAACAACAAAAUUUGCAUAUGAUUAAUCAUAAAAUAUUAAUCUCUGAUGCAGUUACGAGGAGUCGGUGGAGUGAUCUUAAUUCUUCAGAUUUGUUAUCAUUGAGCAGUGAGAUGCUUCAUGAUGUAUCAAGUGCGAGAUUUGAUCCUAAUGAUGAGGAUGAAAAUUCAUUUACAGCAUUGAAUCCUGGUGAGAAAAGGUCUAUGUCUGAGAUUGCAAAUGUUCCAAGGUUUGUGGAAAUCAACAGAAGGAAUGGUAAUGGAGAGAAUGGAAAUGAUGAGAGGUUAUGGAGGAUUUGGUUGCCAAUUGCAAGAAGAACAGUUCAAUGGUUUGCAAGACAAGAAACAAAUUCAGUUCAAUCACAACAUAAACAUUUAGCUUCAAAUGUUUGAAGCUUACUCGUUUGAAUUAAGGAUUACAGGAAUGAGAGGUCUAGGAUUCAAUUCCCGACAAAGGAGGAAAUUUUUUUUUUUCAAGAAACUGUAAUUAGUACAGUAAUUAAUAGUAUCUGCAUAGUGUUAGUGUACAUGUUGAUUGUUGGUUUAAUCAGAUAAAGGAUAUACAUUUACUUGAGGAUUACAAUUACAAUCAUAUAAUAUAGCAUGCAAAAGUGUGGUUUAUGAAUUAUGAGUAUGUAGUGGUUAAGAUAUAUAGUAUUAAUUUUUUUCUACUUUUAACUAAGUUCUUGAAUAGGAACACUUUAUGUGGAAUUUACCUUAAUCAUAAUCUCAUUAUGGUAAUAAUAAUGAUGUCACUGUUUACAAAAAAUAAUUAGGAAAGGGAGUGGCACAUUAAUGAAGGUUAAGCUAGCAAAAUGUUGCAUGUUAUUAGAAAUUAACAAAUUUCAGUCUUAAUUUUAU